AGGAGGAGAAGGAGUCCGAUCCUGUCGGAGGGAGUAAGGGAGAGGAGGAGAAGACGACAGAGGAGGAGGCCAAAGCUCCCAGAGCUCCACGCCGACCCAAGACCAUGCAGAUCAAAGUCACCCUGCUCGACGACACUCUGUACGAGUGUGAGCUGGAGAAACAUGCUGCAGGCCAUGAGCUGUUCAUGAAGGUGUGCGACCACCUCAACCUGCUAGAGAAGGACUACUACGGCCUGGCCAUCUGGGAGACACCUACCAUGAAGACUUGGAUGGACCUGACCAAGGAGAUUCGCAGGCAGGUACAAGGUGCAAACUACAGUUUCACCUUCAAUGUGAAGUUCUAUCCACCAGACCCAGCCCAGUUGUCUGAAGACAUAACAAGGUACUACCUGUGUCUUCAGCUGCGGAAGGACAUCCUGCAGGGUCGCCUUCCCUGCUCCUUCGUCACCCUGGCCCUGCUGGGCUCCUACGCCCUGCAGUCGGAGCUGGGCGAGUAUGACCCUGAGGUGCACGGCAGUGGAUAUGCUAAGGACAUGAAAAUGGCCCAGGGUCAGACCAAGGAGCUGGAGGACAAAAUGAUGGAGCUGCACCAUACAUACAGGUCAAUGACUCCAGCCCAGGCGGACCUGAUGUUCCUGGAGAACGCCAAGAAGCUGUCUAUGUACGGAGUGGACCUCCACCAGGCCAAGGAUCUGGAUGGUGUCGACAUCAUGCUGGGGGUUUGCUCCAGUGGCCUGAUGGUUUACAAAGACAAACUGAGGAUCAACCGUUUCCCGUGGCCUAAAGUCCUCAAGGUCUCAUACAAACGCAGCAGCUUCUUCAUUAAAAUCAGACCCUCUGAGGUGGAACAGUAUGAGAGUGCAAUCGGCUUCAAACUACCCAAUUACAAGGCGGCCAAGAAGAUAUGGAAAGUGUGCGUAGAGCAUCACACCUUCUUCAGACUGACCUCCACUGAGAUGGCCACCACUCCCAGGAAGUUCCUCGCGUUGGGCUCCAAGUUUCGCUACAGUGGUCGGACUCAGGCUCAGACCAGACAGGCCAGCUCUCUGAUUGACCGACCGGCUCCUCUGUUCCAGCGCUCCUCCAGCAAGAGGAACUCACGCAGCCUAGAUGGAGCCAUGGUGUCCACCCCCGAUAACAAAUCCACUCGUCCGGUCAGCGCCCCCGUUAUGUCACCGGUGUCUCCUGGGGAGGCAUCCCCAUCGCCACUGCUGCCCACCCUGCCUCGCUCUGACCACCAUGACGGCUGCACACCUAAAGGUCACCGCUCUGCAGACAGGAAGGCAGAGGUAAAGAAGGAGAGUCAGCCAGCUGAGUACGGCAAGAGCCACAGCCCCAGACCAGACGCCACUCCAGAAAUCAAGACAGUGGCCAGGAGAGAGCGGAGGCACUCCCCCUCCGUGACCACCGCCAAUGGAGAAAGAGAGAAAAAGAGCCAGCACUCUCCUCAGGACAAAACAAAGACGGAGGUGGUGCGAGUGAGGAAGAAAAGAGCUAAGAAACUUGAGGGUGAAACUAUUUAUAUCAGACAUAGCAAUUUAAUGUUGGAGGACGUGGAUAAGACCCAGACUGAGAUCAUGCGUCACCACACUAGCAUCAGCGAGCUGAAGAGGAGCUUCAUGGAGUCGGUACCGGAGCCUCGGCCCAGUGAGUGGGACAAGCGUCUUUCCACCAACUCGCCGUUCCGCACGGCGAGCAUCAACGGGCAGCUCCAACCAGCGUCUCCUGUGCUAAAGACCCAGACAAUCACCAUCUCCGACGUCACCAACUCCCUGAGAGGAACUGUGGCCUACAAGGACAUGCCCUUAGUUCACACUGAGACCAAGACCAUUACAUACGAGUCAGCACAGGUGUCUCUCCCACAGCCGGUGGACAACCUGGCAGAGAGGGACUCAGGAGUGCUGCUGAGUGCCCAAACCAUCACCUCUGAGACCAUCAGCACCACCACCACCACCCAGAUCACCAAGACGGUGAAAGGAGGGAUCUCUGAGACCCGCAUUGAGAAGAGAAUUGUCAUCACUGGAGACACUGAAAUCGAUCAUGACAAGGCUCUGGCUCAGGCCAUUAAAGAGGCAAAAGAGCAGCACCCAGAUAUGUCUGUUACUAAAGUGGUUGUGCACCAGGAAACAGAGAUCACCCCAGAGUAAGAAAGACUGAUCCUUUUGAAGACCUCUCAGCCUCCCCCCACUUCUCCCUCCUUACUUGUGUCUCCAUCACACCAUUUUACCUCAGCAUCUCCAACUAUUACACCUGAAUGCACUGCCUUUUCAACGUGAACCACCUGACCACAUCAGAGGGAAUGAGCAUCAACACUGAACUAAGAACUUUGACCUCCGUGAGCAUGGAGUUCGGCCUGAAGGAGACAGAGUCACUACAAAAUUUCCCAAGAUCCCUCCCAGUAUUCCCCACAAUUCCGCUCUCGUUCCACAAACUGCCAAAAGAUCGACCGCUGGACUGAUGACAAAAAAAACUUUUUUAAAGCGAAAAAAACAAAAUAAAGUACAGCAUUUGUGGAUUACUCCUCUCCAAUUUGUCUGGAGAUUUUAAGAAAAUUUUCAGGGGCAUUUGGUCUUUUAAUCUUGAGAUUACUGGUACUUUAUUUUUCUACAGUUUUUCUUACCAUCAGAAUUGGUUAUCAAUAAUUUGGUCAAGUGUUUUUUAACAACGUGUUCCAAAAAGCAAAAGGGAUUGUGGGUGACUUUUCCUGGGAUUGUACACAUUGGGAGUCGAGGAUCCCUCUUAGUGUCAUUUCUUGUACAGUAAAUAUUUUAUUUUCCCUCUCAAUGUGAAAAAAUAUUUUUUCAAUUCAUGUAUAAAAAAAGAUUAAUUUUACCAAACCGAAGGGCAAUUACUCCUUUCACCUUAUUUAAAGUUCUGACUUAAUCAUUUGGUGAGUGAUUUCUGCAUAUUUUGAUUGUUUUAGUUGUUGUUGUUGUUGUUGUUGUAGUGCUCGUGUCACUAGAACAGGGUUUUAUCAGGACCAGGGAGACAGCGGUGUAAUGAAAUGAUGUUCUCUUUAUUUAUUCCCACCUCUGUCUUCUUCUUUUUGUGUGUUUUGCAUUUUAGAUAUUCUCAGCACAGUUGUAUGUAACCUCAUGGUUUUGUAUUGAGAGCAUUCCAGUCACUAGAUACAGUCUCACUCAUUUCAGCAUCUACACUCUACACUCACUCUUCUACUUUUCUACCUAAUGGGCAAUGUGCACUCACCCAGAGCGAGGUCAUUCACAUGGCAGUGAAUUCCAA